GCGGGGCCGCGGAAGAUGGCGGCGGCGACUCGCGGCGGGAGCGGGGCCGGGGCUGAGGCGGAGGCUUCUCGCCGCGGGCGCUCCGCCGGCCGUGCGGACGGGCGGCUCUGAGAGCGGCCCCGCGGGCGGCCGGCCGGCCCCGCGCCGCCAUGAGCUGCUCGGCGGACGCCGCGAAGGAGAAGCUGCUGUGGAACGUGAAGAAGGAGGUAAAGCAGAUCAUGGAAGAAGCGGUCACCAGGAAAUUUGUACAUGAAGACAGCAGUCAUAUCAUCGCCUUAUGUGGUGUUGUGGAAGCAUGUCUCCUGCACAUGCUGAAGCGCAGGGCUGCUGGCUUCCUGCGGACUGACAAGGUUGCUGCGCUGUUCACCAAAGUUGGCAAGACGUACGCAGUAGCAGGGGACAUAUGCAAGAAAGUGCAGGAACUGCAGCAGCAGGUGGAAAGCAGGAAAAGUCAGCCAAAUGGACAGGAACCCCUCAAGAGGCAGGGAUCAACCACAAGUAAAACACCUGUACUGACACCUCAGGCCAUCAAACACAUAUGGGUUCGGACAGCAUUGAUUGAGAAAGUGCUUGACAAGAUUGUGCAGUAUAUUGUUGAUAACUGCAGUAAAUAUUAUGAAAAAGAAGCUUUACUGGCAGAUCCUGUUUGUGGCCCAAUACUUGCUUCUCUUCUAGUUGGACCAUGUGCCCUAGAGUACACCAAGCUAAAAACAGCUGAUCACUACUGGACAGACCCUUCAGCAGAUGAACUUGUUCAACGACACCGGAUUCAUGGAGUUCAUGGUCGCCAAGACUCACCUUCAAAGCGCCCAGCGCUGGGAAUCCGGAAACGGCAUUCAAGUGGGAGCACAUCAGAAGAUCGCUUUGCUGCUUCAGCACGAGAGUAUGUGGAGUCUUUGCACCAGAAUUCCCGAACACACCUCCUGUAUGGCAAAAACAACGUCUUAGUCCAGCCAAAAGAUGACUUGGAGGCAAUUCCUGGGUAUCUCUCCCUUCAUCAGUCAGCAGAUAGUUUAACAUUAAAAUGGACUCCAAAUCAGCUGAUGAAUGGAACCCUCGGAGAUUCAGAGCUGGAGAAAAGCGUUUACUGGGACUACGCAUUAAUAGUGCCACUCUGCCAGAUCGUCUGCAUUCACUGCCAUCAACAACCAGAAAGCAGAUGGACAUUAGUCUUGGUGAGUCAGGAUGGAACUCAGAGACCUCCACUGCACUUCCCCCAAGGAGGUCACCUCCUUGCAUUUCUUUCCUGUCUGGAAAAUGGUCUUCUGCCUCGUGGUCAGCUGGAACCACCACUUUGGUCCCAACAGGGCAAGGGUAAGGUAUUUCCAAAGCUUCGAAAACGAAACAGCAACAAAUCAGUGGACCUAGAAGAAAUGCCAACUGAAGACACUUCUACAGACUAUGUGUUCAGAAUUAUCUAUCCAGGACACAAGCAUGAUAACAUAACUAUUAACUACCACCACUUAGCUGCCAGCCGCUCUGCCUCUGUUGACGAUGACGAGGAGGAGGAAGAUAAGCUACACGCAAUGCUAUCAAUGAUCUGCUCUCGGAACCUCACAGCUCCUAAUAGGAUGAAAGACACGAGUGAAGUGAUAGAGAUGCAAGGUUUUGGGGCAAACUUGCUUUCGUGGCAGCUGGAGCAUUGUAGCCAAGGCUCCUCAUGCAUCUCCUGUUCAACGGGCAGCUCUCCCUAUGACAUACCCAGCUGCUGCAACUGCAUCCACGAUAGAACUCCAUUAAAGAUGCUGUGUGAAAGCAUGAAGAGGCAGAUAGUUUCCAGAGCCUUUUAUGGAUGGCUUGCCUACUGCCGACAUUUGUCAACAGUGCGAACACAUCUGUCUGCUCUAGUGAACCACACAAUUAUCCCACCUGACAAGCCAUCCAGUGCUGCAGGAGGUCUGACUAAAGAGGUUUGGAGCAAGUAUCAGAAGGACAGAAAAAAUUACAAGGAACUGGAAUUGCUAAGAAGAGUUUAUUAUGGUGGGGUACAGCAUGAGAUUCGAAAGGAAGUCUGGCCGUUCUUGUUAGGUCACUACAAAUUCGGCAUGGCCAAAAAGGAAAUGGACAAGGUCGAUGAAGACAUUGCUCUCCGGUAUCAGAAGGUCAUGGCUGAGUGGAAGGCCUGUGAGGUCAUCGUAAAGCAGCGAGAGAAAGAAUCACAUUCUGCCACAUUGGCAAAGUUUUCGUCAGGUAGCAGCAUUGACAGCCACGUCCAGCGACUGAUACACAGGGACUCCACCAUCAGCAAUGAUGUCUUUAUAUCAGUAGAUGAAGCGGAUUCAGCAGAACGAGACUCAAAAGGUCAAGAUGACCCUACUUUCACUGUGGUGUCUGUCGACACACCAGCAGCAGUAGCUGCCGUAGAGCAACAGUCUGUAGAGUUUGACUCCCCUGACUCUGGGCUGCCAUCCUCACGGAACUACUCUGUGGCCUCAGGCAUCCUGUCCAGUAUUGAUGAUGGGCAAAGUGUCUCCUUUGAAGAUGGGGCUGAAGAAGAAACUAGCACUGACUUGGAAAGGACUGAUCCAGACGUACCACAUGUGCAGAAAGCCAAGUCAGUUGUACUGCAGUCUCAGGAUUCUGUAUCAGAAGAGCAGCUGUGUUCCCAGGUGGAUUAUUUAAUGGAUGUUGCUUCUGUCUGUGCUGCAUCCUACACAAUAGAAUUAUUGGACACUGUUGCCUUAAAUUUGCACAGAAUUGAUAAAGAUGUCCAGAGAUGUGAUCGGAAUUACUGGUAUUUUACUGCUGAUAAUCUGGAGAAACUCCGCAAUGUCAUGUGCAGUUAUGUUUGGGAGCACCUAGAAGUUGGUUAUGUUCAAGGCAUGUGUGACCUCCUGGCUCCUUUGAUGGUUAUACUUGACAACGAUCAACUGGCUUACAGCUGCUUCAGCCACUUGAUGAAGAGGAUGAGCCAGAACUUCCCCAAUGGAGGUGCUAUGGACACACACUUUGCCAACAUGCGGUCCCUAAUCCAAAUUCUAGACUCAGAGCUUUUUGAAUUGAUGCACCAGAAUGGAGAUUACACUCACUUUUACUUCUGCUAUCGCUGGUUCCUGCUCGACUUUAAAAGAGAAUUGUUGUACGAGGAUGUAUUUACAGUGUGGGAAGUUAUUUGGGCAGCAAAGCACAUCUCUUCAGAACAUUUUGUCCUUUUCAUUGCCUUAGCACUUGUGGAAGUUUAUCGAGAGAUUAUCCGUGAUAACAACAUGGACUUCACUGAUAUCAUCAAGUUUUUUAAUGAAAUGGCAGAGCAUCAUAAUGCCCAGGAAAUACUGAGGAUAGCAAGAGACCUUGUCUACAAAGUGCAGACACUGAUUGAAAAUAAGUGAUAACGAACAGACUGUCAUUGUGGGCCUUGUUGUGAGCUAUUGGAUGGAGCAUUUCUUGCACUGUAACUUCAAAACAGUGUUUUAAUUGCAUCUUCCAUGUAAUGUAAUAAAUAUCUAACAGAUUUGUAAUACUUUUAAAAAUUGAACUUUUCCUUCACAAGAUAAACUUUGUGUUUGAUAGUCCUUGUUACACUCAACUUUGUAUUUCAAGACGGAAUCUUUUUUCAUUCUUGUAUUUCCCUCUCUCUAGAAGACUGUCUACCUACAUAUUUGAGAUAUUAAAGGGGGGGGGUGACAUACUGGAACACUUAUAUUUUGAUUUACUGUACCCUUAAUAGCACAUUUUGUGCUCUGACAGAGCUUUUCAAGGAGGUAAGCCCUGAUCCAGUACUCAAGUGUCACAAGCAUUGAACUGGGUCCUUGGAAGAACACAGUUAUGGACACAGUUUGUGGACUAUGCCUUGAAAGUGGAAGAGAAUGCAUAUGCAGCUCCUGUUACUAAAACAUUUGAAUUUAUAUUCACCAGAGUAUUUAGCAGCAAGUAAAAUAAACAAGGUUACCAACUGAGAAAAUAGCCUUAUAGUAAAUAACAUAAUUAAGAUGAGCAGUGAAGAUCUGGCAGCAUUGGCUAGAAAUGGGGGUUAGCCUUUGCUGACAGCGCAUGCUGUUGAGUCUUCACGGCCUACAGCAUGCCACAAACAUGCCCUCACUUUACUUUGCAAACUUACUCUGCAAGUAUUCCCAAAUGACAAAUCUGCCCAAUAUAGUUCAGGUUAACACAAGUUGAGCACACAGAAACAGUUUCCUUGCUCAUGUUAGCAAGUCCCACACUGCAUCUGUGUGGAAUCCCAUGAAGUUCAGUCACUACUUACGGAGCAGACACCACAGAGCCUCACCUCCUCCGGUUUAUUCACUGCUCACUACUAGCCUCCUCCUCCCCGCUCUGCAAAGCUUCCUGGGAGGACUUUCCUUGGGAUCCUGCAAACACAAACCAGGCACUCACUAACUCAAGCAGGUGUCAGUACUUGCUAGAUUAAGCAGUUCAAAUUGUUGCACAGGCUCCAUUUUGCUGUAGCACUGUGCUGUUUUGUCGAGCCAUCCAUGCACCCCAUGGCAGUUCUGUGCCAUUUCUUUCUUGUGCUUGGCUGCAUGCUUUAAGUAGCAGCAUAGGCUUUAAUCCGUGCUCUAUAGAGAUCGAAGGUGACAUAGAGUUAGCUGGGGCUCAGCUGUGCAGCUUUAAACAAAUCUAUUGCCAUCUUAGCACUUCGUCACACUAGAUAACAUUUAUCAUGUAUACUCUGAACUACUUUCCCAGGGUAGGUGUUGUUUCUAAGUAAAAGCGUAUCUCUGUAUUAGCAUAAGAGAUGAAGGGAAGGAGCAGUUUUGUUGCAAAUAGGGUUAACUGUAGAUUUCAUGGAUACGUGACCUGUGCUCCUAGAAGUCCUAGUGAUUUAGCUUAAGCACUUUAACUAUUCCACCCUUGGCUAUUAGAACCUCAGUGAUUUAGAAGAAGAAAAAAAAAAAAAGAGAAAAAAAGAGUGUUUGAAUCUCUUUUUUUUUUUUUUUAAAUCAGAGCACGCAGGUUUACGUAGCUUUGUUUCCAUUGAACCUCAUAGAGAAAACAGUUUUCAACUCUGCUUUUAAGAAGUUUAUAUUGAUUAGAUCAGCUCAUGUGAGCUUCUAAAAUCAGAUUUUUAGCAAAAUGGGUGUAGGAAA